CUUCUCUCCCUUCUCUUCCACCUCCUCCAGAGCGUCAACGUCUCAACGAUCUCAACCCCCCUUCAUUUUCACCGAGCGGCACUAGGUUUCGAUGUAUGUACAGUACAAGUACGCGCCCACAAGGAGAAGUCGUGCGGAGGGGUGGUGCACCUGUCGGUACCACUCUUACGUAUGCCUCAGCAUCCGCGCGCCUCAAGUUCGCAUUGGCAAGCCAGACGACUGCCCUACAUGGGACCAUAUGGUACGUAUGCGCGCACCGGAGUGGAGGAGUGAUGACUACGUGGCAAUGGUCCCCGCGGGACGGUUACAAAAGCGGUCUUUGGGUUUGGUCUGCGAAGAUUGGUCACGGUGUUACUCGUUGUUCACGGUCGCUCACGGUCGCUCCUGGACGGGGAGGCUGGUCUGGAGUUCCCAGCCUGUCUUCCUUCAUGACGGUAGCCAGCGCGGCGCGACAUACAUACUUGAAACAGCACCGAAUGCUCACCUGCCAUAUCACAGACGCCGAUGUACGCGCUAUAGCUACACGGGAGAUGCUCCGUGCGCACGCCGACUGCAGACAGCAGUGGUGGACGCGGUCUAUCUAUGUCUGGCGGGCUGUAUUCAGGCUGUCGGGCGACAUCGCGAACGUCAACAAACGCGCGCCGUGGUACGUGCUUGUGCUUGCUGUGACUAUUCUCGUGGCGCGCCAGGGCGUCGGCGCAGAACGCGCGUUUCUAAAGGAGGAGGCGGACGCCCAGAUGGGCAUGUGGUCGCCGACACGGUCGGGUGCGCUCAGCGCUGACAGUGGGUUCUGCUUGUAGAGGACGUGCUCCACCGCGCGAUACCCCAGUCUGCUGCUUUAACCGCGCGAUGAGCGCAUAUAUGCGCGCGCUGGUACUCAUAAUGCAUAAUGCUCAUAUGGCCGCACAUUUAGACUGAUGCGAUGCUGGAUGCGAGGUCUCGGAGAAGGUGUUGAGCGCGAGGACGGCGGUCGGGGCGGGAUGGUAUUGGAGAGCCC